GGGAGGGGGCAGGGCCCGGCGUCCAGCGACCGCUGGCUGGAGAGCUAGUGACUUCCUUGUUGGCAGUCUCGGACGGGCCGUGUCCGGAGUCGUAGCCUCUCGGUGCUUACUCGGACCGCUAUUGCGAGUCUAGGUCCAAGCCAUUAUCAUGCCCAACCCCAGCUGUACCUCUUCUCCCGGCCCUCUCCCUGAGGAAAUUAGGAACCUGUUGGCAGAUGUUGAAACAUUUGUGGCAGACACACUGAAAGGAGAAAAUUUAUCCAAGAAAGCCAAGGAAAAGAGAGAAUCUCUCAUUAAGAAGAUAAAAGAUGUAAAGUCUGUCUAUCUUCAGGAAUUUCAAGACAAAGGUGAUGCUGAGGACGGCGAUGAAUAUGACGAUCCCUUUGCUGGGCCUGCAGACACGAUUUCCUUAGCCUCAGAGCGCUACGAUAAAGAUGAUGAUGGCCCCUCUGAUGGAAACCAGUUUCCUCCCAUUGCAGCCCAGGACCUUCCUUUUGUCAUAAAGGCUGGCUACCUGGAAAAACGCAGAAAAGAUCACAGCUUUCUGGGGUUUGAAUGGCAGAAACGGUGGUGUGCGCUCAGCAAAACAGUGUUCUAUUAUUACGGGAGCGAUAAAGACAAGCAACAGAAAGGUGAAUUUGCAAUAGAUGGCUAUGAUGUCAGAAUGAACAACACCCUUAGGAAGGAUGGAAAGAAAGAUUGCUGUUUUGAAAUCUGUGCUCCCGACAAACGUAUCUAUCAGUUUACAGCAGCCUCUCCCAAAGAUGCUGAGGAAUGGGUCCAGCAGCUGAAAUUUAUACUACAAGACCUGGGAUCCGACGUUAUUCCUGAGGAUGAUGAGGAAAGAGGAGAAUUAUAUGAUGACGUUGACCAUCCUGCUGCCGUCAGCAGCCCGCAGAGGAGCCAGCCAAUCGAUGAUGAGAUUUAUGAGGAGCUCCCAGAGGAGGAAGAGGACACUGCUUCAGUGAAGAUGGACGAGCAAGGGAAGGGAAGUCGGGACAGUGUGCAUCACACCUCAGGAGAUAAAAGCACUGAUUACGCUAAUUUUUACCAGGGUCUGUGGGACUGCACUGGAGCUCUGUCUGAUGAGUUGUCCUUUAAGCGUGGUGAUGUGAUUUACAUUCUUAGCAAGGAAUACAAUAGAUAUGGCUGGUGGGUAGGAGAGAUGAAGGGAGCCAUUGGCUUGGUGCCUAAAGCCUACCUAAUGGAGAUGUAUGAUAUUUGAGAGUCUGGAGAAGUCUUGUGUCUGUCUGCAAGUGCCUUGGAACAUGGAAUGCCUGAGUGCCUGCUCGGAGCCACCUUCCUUUGGGUGAACAUUCCUGCCUCAGCUGCCAUUCGAUGUAGUCACGCACUAAAGCACUCUGAUGUCAGAUUGAGCAGGCAGUGAUGGGUUACAUUAGAUACAAGCAGUAGAGAUAAGACCUGUUGCUGUUUUGCAAAUAAUAAUUAGUUUUAAUUUACCCGUUUGGUUUGUAUGGUAGAAUUCACUGUGAUUGUACGUGAAUCUUAGUCAUUGAAGCGCCGGUGAGGGUUGCUGUUUCUCUUAGUCGCUGGGUGUAAGUUAUUUUUAGAGUGCCACAAAUAAUUUCCUAGACUUUGUACAUUUUGAGUCAAUAAUAAAGACUUCUUUAAAGCUGUA